AUGACGAAGUUGGUGCGAAAAGAUGAAGCAACUCGAAUCGUAAGACAAUUUAGCUGGGAUGCCGUCGAGGAACUACCUGAAAACCCAUGUAUUCAAGCCGUAAACUCGUUCGAGCAAGAAACAACAGCAAUCGAGCGAGCCGAAGCGAACAAGGUGCAAGAGUGGCAAAAAUGGCUUCGUUUUGACGGGGUAGAGCCCGACGACGAGUACGUGGAACUGGAAAAGGAAUGCAAGAAUAUGGCAGAAGUAUGGGAAGACUUCAAAUCACGCUUGCCUGAAUCAGACCGACAUUUGGACGCCUAUUCUGGACUUCCAAAUCUCUCUGCUGUUAGGAAAUCAGUAUCAAUUGCAAGUGCUGAAUGGGAAGGUAAAAAAGAGAAAGGGUUUGGCAAAGCAAAGCACAAUUUUACGAGCUUUUGUGAGCGACUCGAUGCUCAUUCUCAACUUUUCAAGAUCUUUCCCGAGGGCGACAAAUACACUUCGUUGUUUACGGGUGUUUUAUCAUCCAUCGUUCUAGUUUCUGUCCGUCAUAACGAGAUCGCUGAAGGCUUUUCCCUUGCUUUGGCGCAGAUAAGUUCAGACUUGAAAUUCUCGCAGCGUCAAAACCAGAUUUUCACAAACCCCAACAUGAAACGCCUGGUUAUGUUGCUUUAUAUUAAGUACUUUCAAUUUUUGUGUCAUGCCAUGAAGUGGUACUCAUCAUCCAAAAUGCGGUUCCGAAAGGCUUUCAACCAGAAAUUUUACGACGACGAGGUCGCGAAGAAAGUUGACAAGAUUAAGAGUAUUGUGCAGGAAAUUGUUCAGGAAGCGAGAUUAGAAACCCAGCAAACGGUUGUUGCCACGCUGGAAACUAGUACCGCCAUGUACGAUUAUGUGCAAAACGUACCGACGAGAGCGGACAUGCAGAUGCUGGGCGAGCAGUUAUCGAGGCGAAUGGGAGGAAUGGAAAGGAAUUUUCAAGUUGCGGAUGAGAAUAAAAACAUGGUGGAGAGAGAAUUGUUGGAAAAGGUUGAUUAUAUUUAUACGAUGUUGGGAGCCUUCGCCAAACAGAGUUUGGUGGCUAGUGGUGAAAGUCAUUUGAUUGAAAGAGAGCAGGAAAUGAUGGCACUUCCUUGGAGAAAAUCACCAUCCCCAGCCGCACUGGGCGAUAACCCCAUCAUGCGCAUCAAAGAGGCAAUAUCUCAUGAUAGCCUACGACCUGGAAGCAGCGAACUUAUAGGCAGCACAGGUGAGACCGGCUCCAUGCAAGAGGUAUUGAUCGCUGAUUCGAAAGAACAUCCAAAAUACACCCGUCGCCAACUAGAGCUAGACUCACGCCUACUUCAAAAAUACAUCAAUGCAUCAGGAAUAAGCGCAGGUUUUACGGAUAAUGGCAUAUCAAACCUUCAUGUAGCAGGAGAAAUCGUCACUCGACUACAAGCAUGGAUAUCCGGCGCAACCUCCCAGACACUGUGGGUCAUAGGCUUGACAUCUUUUCCAGCCGAAACAACGAAUGCAGCAUCUUACAUCGUAACAAUCGCAACCAAAGGCAACAUUCCUUGCGUCUCAUACUUCUGCAAAUUCGAAAAAAACGAGUUCUUAAAGAGAGAGGAUUCGAACGGCGUAAAAGUGGAUGGUCUCAUAUCCCUGCUUUAUUCACUGAUACGACAACUGAUUAUGCUUACACCGCCUACAAUAGAUGAACCGUAUGACUGUUAUGCUGACCUUCCGUUACUCGAUGGUUCAGAAAAAAGCAUACCGCAAGCACUCAAGCUCAUCAAACUUCUAAUGACUCAAGUUCCUCGGUUGUUACUUUUGGUGCUCGACGGCCUGCAAAUACUAGAUCAAGGGAGCACCACCUCAUAUAUUAGCCAGCUUGUUGAUAUUCUGCAAGGGAAUGAAGAUGGACGAGUGAGAAAGGUCUUGUUCACUACAAGCGGAAUAUUUAUGAGUGGGAUGAAAGUGAAAUUCAAGGAUCGCUUGGAUUGUGAGACACUUCCUCGGAAGCUGCCAGGGAAGAGUCGGCCGGGAGUGAGAUCUCUGGGUGUGAUUCAUACUCCACCUGGAAGGGACUGA